AUGAAGGAAUCGAGCGAGAAACUUCCAGAGUUGAAACAACUCUUCCUCGAAGAAGAGGGAGAGGAAAGAAGACGGUCGAGAACGUUCGGCCGAGCGGAUUUCAACGACCGCGCGCGGUUUCCAGACCACGCGAAAUAUAUCCAUCCGUACCACGUCAGAGUUACCGAAAUACGAGAGGACGUGUACGAGGUGGAAGUGUUGAAAGAGAAACUUUGCGUGUGGGUGUUUUCCCCACUCGAAGAGAGGGAAAAGGAAGACUUUGAAGACAUCCAAGGCGUUUGGCAGAAAAUCGAACGUGAAGAAAGGGCGGUGGUCGUGGACCACAACUGUACACGCAACGGGAUCGUGUUUUCGUUUUUCGCCCCGAGAUAUUGCCCAGACGACGCGAAGGUGUUUCGGAACAGGUUUAAGUUGGGCGAAUGUAUCGGCGCGUGGAGAGUGAGCAGCAGUCGUUCGUCUCAAAGAAAAGAAGGACGACGAGGACAAAAACAGACGUGCUUGGUGCUCACGGGCACGUCCGGGAGUGGGAAAUCGACUAUUGCGAAAGGAUUGACCGAGAAGAAGUGGACCGUGGUGAAUCAAGACACGAUCGGGUCGUACUGCGAGCGAGAGUGUUUUCGAAAGAAAGCGGACCAGUGCGUGAUGAAAGCGAAGCACGGGCUCAUGCUCGGUCGACACGUGGUUAUCGAUCGAACGAAUAUGAGUGCAGAGCAAAGGAAGAAGUUUGUGGACGCGGUGGAAUACGUCCGGGUGAAUAAUAAUAGUGAAAGUGAUGUUGAUAUUCAAAUCGUUUCUUUGUAUUUGGAUUUAGACGUCUCGGUGACGACUUCGAGAGUCGCGCGGAGAAAAAACCACGAAGGAAGAGUCGAAGGCCGAGAAGGCGUGGAGAUUGUGCACAAGCAAUUAUACAGUCGAGACAGCUCGACGCCGCACAAAUCAGAAGGUUUUGAUGUGUGUUUUCGAUGCAAAACGCCGGCGGAAGUUGAAGUGGCAGUCGGUAAGAUUAAAGCGAUGACUGGUCACGAUUUGCCGCCGUUCCCGACGAAAUGGGACGGGACGCAAAAGCCGCCGGCGAACGCGUUUCUUGAAGACGACGACGACGUCACACGCAAGAAAACAAAACACGCGGGAUUCUUUCUGGACGGAUUACUCCAGAAACAACGCGACCCUCAACGAUUUUGUUCGAAAGAGGAACUUUUGACGAUAAACGACGCCUGUUUCGCAAUCAAAGACAAAUUUCCGAAAGCGAAGUUUCACGCGUUGGUGUUGCCGAGAAGUCCAAAGUUCAAACACCCGUUUGAUUUAUUCAAAGAAGAAGGCGGAGAAUUUGGUGGGAGUAACAACGACGAGCGAAAGUUCGUUUGGGAUCGAAUGCUACGCGUCGCGCUCGAUAUCGUCAAAGAUCAACUGCAAAAUCUUCCACCGGGAACGAAAUUCCGCGUCGGAUUCCACCUGAAACCGAGCAUGGAACCCGCGCACCUACACGUCAUCAGUCAAGAUUUCGUUUCGGAAAAGUUAACGACCAAACAGCAUUGGCACACUUUUACGAACGACGACUUUUUUAUCGAUUUCUUCAAAGCGAUGACGAUGACCAGACGAUGGGACGAUUCCAGGUCUGAACAGAUUGUGAAAUCGAACGACUUGCGAUGCCACAAGUGUAAUUCGUCGUGCGCGAAUAUGCCGCAGUUGAAGCGCCACAUCUUUGAGUGUGUCGCGCCUCAAAAAACGGGAUACACUCACGACGAACUGGUCAGACUGUCGCUGCAACAUCAUCAACAACAACAACAAAUACAACAACCAACGGGUCACGCGUUGCUUUCGUUGAUGUUCGGAGGCGGGGAACAACAACAACCGCGAGGCAACGACAACAAAGACGACAUGGAUAUUUGA